AUGAGCGACAGAGGCAUUCUAAGAAAGUACAAGAUCGUCUUUUUGGGCGACCAGAGCGUCGGCAAGACGUCAUUGAUCACAAGGUUCAUGUAUGACACCUUCGAUGAGCAGUAUGCGGCCACCAUAGGCAUAGAUUUCCUCCUGAAGACAAUGUAUUUGGAGGACAACAAGACCGUGCGGUUGCAGUUGUGGGACACGGCGGGCCAGGAGCGGUUCCGCUCGUUGAUUCCAUCGUAUAUCCGUGAUUCACACGUUGCCGUGGUGUGCUACGAUAUCACCAGCAAGAAAUCGUUCAGUUCGUUGGAGAAGUGGGUCAGCGACGUGCGCAUGGAGCGUGGCGACGACGUGAUUGUGGUGAUUGUGGGCAACAAGUCAGAUUUGAGCUCCAAGCGCCAGGUUAGCGUGGAGGAGGCCGAGGAGUUCUGCAAGCAGAUUGGCGGCAAGUUUCUCAUUGAGACGUCGACGAAGGCCAACCACAACGUGAAGCUUCUAUUCAAGAAAAUCGCACUGUGCUUGCCGGAGUUCAGCGAGAGCGGCGACCAGCAGCAGCAGGCUGAGACAGUGGACGUUAGCAUCGACACCUCUGCGCCGCAGGGAUCGACGAGUUGUUGCUAG